GGCAUGUCUACCUUCUGCUGAACAGAGGAGAGGAAAAAUCCAAGGAGCUGUCAGUGGUAGCUCUCGGGCAGGACUACAACAAACCACGAUGAGCUGAGCUUCUCCUCAUCAGCUCUUGAAACUCCGAAGAUUCCCUAGACUCUCCCUUUACCUCCCACCAAAAAUUGGAAUAUCUGCAUACUCCCUCCUUUUUUUUUUUGUUUUCCAUUUAAUUCCUAUAUUUUAUCACACGACAAUUUCAUGGGCACAGCCGCGGCGGUGGCCGGCGCAGUUGAAAUCUCGUUCGUCCACCGAUCCAUUUUCACUAACAAUCCAAACCCUUCAUUCCUCACUCCAGUAACGUCUAUCUCGAAGUUUCCUCCCAGAAAAUUCAGCUGUUGUACGCCGCCAUACGCCUCCCCAUUAUUUUUGUUCAACUCAAAUAGAAGGGCGUCCUUUCGAUUCCCCUCCGUCAGAGCCUGUUGUCUGAAUGAUGAUAUCAGCAACUCUGCAGGAGCAGUUCGUUUCGAAGGUGUUUUAGCGAGGAAAAGUAUAUCCAUUGCCGCCGCAGCUAUUGGGGUCCUAUUAAUUUUUAGAGGGCAAAGGGCAUUGGCAGUGGAGGGUGUUGUGAGUGCGAGUUUCGGAGCCUGGGAACGGGGCUUGUUGGCUUUGAGGAGCUCAUGGCCUAAGGUUUUACAGGCUUUAACGAUUUUUAGAGAACAGGGUUUGAUUCUUGCGGCUCUACUAGGGCUAUCAGCAUUUUUCUCCAUGGCAGAGACCUCCAUCACCACGCUUUGGCCUUGGAAGAUUGUCAUGGUGUAUUUAGUGGGGCCUGGUGAAAGUGACAUUCUGUUCUUUUUCCGAUAUCAAAUCGUGAGGGAAUUGGCCGAAAAAGAGUCCGAGAAUGGUGUCUUCAAAAUGCUACGAAACGAUGUUACUCGAUUUCUCACAACUAUCCUCAUUGGCACUACAGUGGUGAAUAUUGGUGCUACGGCAUUAGUCACUGAAGCUGCCACAGCCAUAUUUGGUGAAGCUGGUGUCACUGCAGCUACUGGAGUCAUGACAAAUGUUGCUAUUUCUGAAAGACGCCAUGUGCAUUUAGGUGCAACAUUGUGGAGUACUGAUUUCAUAGUUCAUUCUGUGAUUCUGAAUAAUGUUGCUGUUCUGCUUCUCACUGAAAUUACUCCAAAAAGUAUAGCUGUUCACAAUGCCACUGAGGUUGCAAGGUUUGUGAAUCAAAUUGAAGUAAGUGAAGAGAAUUAUGGUGCAAAUUUACGUCUUACUGCAGCUUUUAUAAACUGCUCUCUAUUGCCUUUAGGUCAGACCAGUGGCGUGGCUUUCACUAGUACUAUAUCCUGUCGGCAGAGUCGUAACAUAUUUGUCAAUGGGAAUGCUGAAAUUGCUAGGUUUAAAAGGAAGAAGGGAACUAUAAUCUCCUCAGUUGUCCUUAUCUUAAAACUAUGUAGAAGAGAGUUAAGUGGAGCAAUUGAGGAGGAAGAACAGGACAUGAUUGAAAAUGUGUUGGAGAUAAAAGAUACUCAUGUUAGAGAGGUGAUGACACCUCUUGUUGAUGUUGUUGCCAUAGAUGGUAGUGCAACACUUGUUGAUUUCCAUAAUUCAUGGGUGGAACAUCAGUACUCCAGGGUUCCUGUCUUUGAGGAGAGAAUUGACAACAUUGUCGGUAUUGCAUAUGCAAUGGAUCUUUUGGAUUAUGUUCAGAAGGGGGAACUUCUAGAAAGUUCAAUUGUGGGUGAUAUGGCGCACAAACCUGCAUACUUUGUUCCUGAUUCAAUGUCUGUGUGGAAUCUUCUUAGAGAAUUUCGCAUUAGGAAGGUACACAUGGCUGUUGUUCUGAAUGAAUACGGAGGAACUGUUGGUAUUGUGACCCUUGAAGAUGUGGUUGAAGAAAUUGUCGGUGAAAUUUUUGAUGAAAAUGAUUCAAAGGAGGAAAUCCAGAAAAAAACUGGUUAUGUUGUUAUGCGUGCUGAAGGCAUAUAUGAUGUGGAUGCUAAUACAUCUAUCGACCAGCUCUCUGAAGAUCUAAACAUUAAUAUGCCAGAGGGUCAUCAUUACGAAACAGUGUCAGGUUUUGUCUGUGAGGCAUUUGGAUAUAUCCCAAGGACAGGUGAGACCAUAAAAGUGGUCCUUGAAAGAGCUAGUCAAGAAGAUCAUGGUGAUCAUAAUGGAACAGAAUCCAAACAUCAAGAUGAAACCGACAAGACUCAAAUAUUUAAACUUGAGAUACUAGCUGGGAAUGCAAGAAAGGUUAGUGCUGUUCGGUUUGAACGAAUAAGCACCGAACAGGCUUCGCCAGGGGCCAAAGACGUUACUCGUCGGCCCCAAAUAGGCCCGAUUUCGGCACCAUUCACACCCAAAUUCAACAGCUCCGACGACGUCAGCGACGACGGUGAGAGGGCAGCGACGUCUGCAAAAUUCUUCCAUGUCGCGUAUGCAAAAUCAUCCAUCUCGCUACGAGCGUCUGCAAAAUUUGUCCAUGUCGCGUCUGUAAAAUUUGUCCAGCCCUCGCCAAUCUGCCGCGUUCACCUUCUCCGGCCGUUCGACCAGUCGACCAAAAAUUGCUUCUCGGAUCUGUUGGCUGGUCACUCCGUCACCGACGAGGUCCUGGCCGAGCACGCCGGUUGGAAAAACGAGCUACUCGAUGUUGACCGGUCAACGCUAGUCGGCCGGUUGGAAAAAUGA